AUCCUAUUCCGCUAGCAAGAGAUUGAUUAAACAGUGCGUUUCUUCUGCUAGGGUUUCACGGUCUUCUUCAUUAGGUUGAGAGCAUCUUCAUCUUGCCUUCUCCUUCCUCAUUCCAAUGAAACCAGGUUUUAUUUGAUUCCUAUUCUUCCACGUUUUUUCUUCUCCUUCCUCUCCCAACUCUCAACCAGGUAUGAUCAUUAUCAUGAACUCCAUCUUCGCCGCUCAUAACCUUCGCGUUUUCGGUCCCGGCUUGAAUCCUUUCGCCCCCUAUUGCAUCGCCAAUCAUUCUCUCAGCUCUCGUUAAGCGGUUCCCCUCCUUUUCCCGCGCGUUCUCUUGAUUUCUAUUUUUCCCACUUCGAACAUGUAAAUUUGGAGCACACUGUCCCAGAUUCGCUCUAUUUUAGGGGUUUGGUUAAGCGUCGUCGUCUUUGUUUUCUUUGCCUUAGUUUUUGCGUUGUUGGUUGGUUGGUGAGAAAGGAAAAGAUAUGCUCGAGGAACAACCUGUUUUGUUCAGGAGGAGCCCUUCCCGGAGGCGCUUGAGGCCUCGGUUUGAUACCGAUGAUAGGGGUUGGACUUCGCUCCAUGUUCUAGCCAGAAAAGGCGAUCUCAAAUUGGUUAAAAAACUUCUCGAUGAAGGAAUGAAUGUCAAUGUAUCUGCAUGGGGCCCUAAAUCGAAAGGGGUGACCCCUCUCCACCUUGCUGCGGAAGGUGGUCACAUUGGAGUGAUGGAUGUGCUACUUGAGCAUGGUGCUGACAUUGAUGCCAGAACCAAGGGUGCUUGUGGCUGGACACCGCUCCACAUUGCAGCCAAAGAAAGGAGGAGGGAUGCUGUGAAAUUCUUGAUAGAGAAUGGAGCCUUUUUGCCACCCGAUAUCAAUGAUUGCAGAUUUAAUCCUCCGCUUCAUUACUGCCCAGGACUAGAGUGGGCCUAUGAGGAGAUGAAGCGUCAUCGACUGCUAGACUUAUCUUCUGGAGAGACAUCUUACAGCUCUGAAAGCUAAUUAACUUUUCAUGGAUUUGGUUGGGUGUUUGAUAGUGUAUUUGGAUGCCUGUAUGUGGAGAUCAAUGCAAUGCGUGUCAGAUUUGAAGCUAAGUCCCUUUUAUAAAUUUGGAAUGAAAGUUUGUUAAUGUGUGCUUUUAGAAAACGUAUCCACACAUGUACUGGAUCAGUAUUGUGGGAAUAAAUGUAGAAUGAAAUAAAACAACGCACUGCAUGAGUUGCUUAAUGUAUGGAGAUGACCUACGUACUGUUUUAUGUGGUUGGAACAAUUGUGUAUUAUUGUUUAUUUGAUAAUGUUGUGUUCUUGAUGCUGUCA